AUGACAGAACUUUCAGCAAGGCUCAAUAUUGGGAAGCCUAGACUACAACCAAGAAUUAGAAGAAACAGAGAGUUGGACCAAGAGAAAAAACCGACAACUCUUCCGACCCGAGAGCACAUAAGCUCAUCUUCUGCACAGGAGAAACUCUGGUUCUUGCAUCGAAUCUCGGGGCUAAAGAAGAUGAAGAGGAUGGAGUCAGGGGCUGCUGCCAUGGGUCAGGUCAAGCCGGUGGUCGGCAGCAAUACCGUGACUCCUGUUUUGUCCUCCAGAGACGGCCAACUUGGUACCACCGCGGUGCCGACUUUGACUGGGAACAAUGAGGUUCCGAACUCUCAGCUUCCCGGGAGUGUUGUGACUUUCGCUGGGACUCUGGCUGCUGCUGUGGCCCCUGCCACUAGCCACGUCAACCCGAAACCCGAAUCUGUGACGGUGCAACUGGAGAAGGGAAAUGCUGCCAAAGCUGUCCUGCCUCCAGCUGCUUCUAACGCUACCAACCAGAUAUUCCUCCUCAGUCCUGAGGUGCCUGCUUCUUCUUCACCCAUCGUGACCCUGGCCUCCAGUACUGGAAGUGGGAGACCUGCUGUGGCUCCUGCUGCUCCUGCUGCUGUUGCUGCGACUACUCUGGGUACUCGAGUUGCACUCCAGGCGUCCCUUGUCAACAGCCAGCCUGGCCCCAGCAGGCCAGACACAGGCACCAAGCAGGUCAUCAGGGUGUUUUGCCCCAACACUAUGGUGCAGGCAGUGUCUCAGCAGCAAACCCACGCACCCGGUGGCCAGUCUGGCACAGGGACUAUCAAGAUGGUCAGGCCCACUAUGAAAGAGGACCUGCCCCAAUCUAGUGGAACACCAGCUCCUGGAACUCAGAAGGCCGUGACUAAAGGUCCGGCCAACACAGUGGCACAAAGCCUAGCAGGAACUCCAGCAGUUCCUGUGAUUAGAAUGCAAGGCACCUUGACUCAGAGCGGCGCAGCACCCCGUCAGCCUCAAGCAGCUCCGACUCCUGCAAAUAUGCAGUCUAUACAGCUGCCCCCAGGUGCGGUCCUCGUGCAAAAUGUGACUAAUGGGCAGUUGUUCGUGCUUUCUCUACAGAGCUUGGAAGAGGCCCUUGCUCAGUCCCAGUCUCAGAAGACCACGGCAAGAAGCGCGGCCAUUCCCACGAGCACUCCUCCAGUCCCCGAAUCAACUGUGCCGGCUCCUGGAGCCACAAUUAUUGCCCGGCAAGUGACACAGACUGCCUCAAAUAAGCAAGCGCUUCAGACACAGCCCACCCAGCAGCCAGCUGCAGCAUCACGGCCUUCUCCUGGCCCGCAGGCGCAGACGACUCCAGGGGCUGCUGCCCAGGCAGCUGCCUCAGCAACAGGCUCCACAGCCGUUCGGACUGCAGCUGCUCAGGGCCCCGGACCAGGAGCCAACGCCUCUGCCUCUGCCGCGGAAACCGUGGAAAACGCGAAGAAAUGUCAGCACUUCCUGGCGACAUUAGUCCAACUGACCUCCUCGGGGAAACAGUCUGCAGAGGGGGCAGCGAAGAUCCAAGAUUUAGUCCGGAACUUGCUGGACGGGAAAAUCGAGGAGGAAGCUUUCUGCAGCACGCUAAGCCGAGAUCUGAAUGCUUCGCCUCAGCCUCACCUCGUGUCUUUCUUGAAGAGGAGUUUACCUGCCUUAAGAAAGUCGGCUCCAGAUUCGGCCGUUUUUAUCCAGCAAUGUUUGCAGCAGCGGCAGCAGCAGCUUACGACCCAGGCCGCCGCUACCCUGAGAGCAGAGUCGCUGAGCGGUCCCGUAGCGCGCCCAGCCGGCAACACAGCUCUUCAGCCGACAGUCAGCAGCGCUCUUCAGCCUCCAGUCCUCCGUCUGACUCAAGGCGCGCCAGCCCGCGCCAGCGGACCCGGACAACCCGCGCCUCUGCUUGGUCAGCAAUCACAGAAGCCGGGGUCUUCGAGUAGACCCCUCGAAGUCACACUGACGCAAACUCCCAGGGCCGCACUACUCGCUCCCCCUUUGCAAAUCCAAGUAAGUCGACAGACAGCUCCCGGGCUCCAGCCUGCCGAGGCAGUGGCCGCUCGAGCUCUUUCCACUGUCUUGGCACAAGCGGCUGCUUCGCAAAAGAACAACCCAAAAGGACCCGGCAGAGGUGCUGUCAGCGGUGACGGUGAUAUUAAGGGUGUCCUUUCGUUGGCAGGAGGAGUCUCGGCGACCAAUUCUAAAUCAGCGGGCGCAUUAACAAGCUCUUGUAAAGGGGAAACCUUUCUCCUUUCCGCACCUUUACAAAGAAGAAUCUUAGAAAUAGGCAAAAAGCAUGGCAUAACGGAAGUGCAUCCUGAUGUAGUGAGCUACCUGUCACGAGCAACACAGCAAAGGCUGCAAACCCUGGUGGAAAAAGUAUCGGUAGUCGCCCACCAAAGGCAUCUUUCUUAUAAAGAUGAUAAAAGUUAUGAACAGGAGAGUGACGUCCGGGCACAGCUCAAAUUCUUUCAACAGCUGGAUCGACUGGCAAAGCAGAGGAGAGACGAACGAGAAAGAAACGUAUUGAUGCAGGCGGCCAAGUCUCGAUCUAAACAAGAAGAUCCAGAACGACAGCGGUUGAAACAGAAAGCGAAGGAGAUGCAGCGACAGGAGCUAGCACAGCAGAUGCAAAGGGCAGCCAACUUAGCUGCAUUAGUGGCGAUUGGCCCUACUAAAAAAAGGAAGCUGGAUUCCCAGGAUGCCGAACCAGAGAUAGCGACCCCAAGCACUUUUGGAAUCGGAAUAACUGGACAGUCUACUCGAAAAAAGACAAUUCGACUCAACCGCAGGGACCUCAUCUUUUGUUUAGAAAAGGAGAAAGAGACAAGACAUUCACUAUUACUCUAUAAAGCGUUUCUUAAGUAA